CAGACAGGGUAAUGUUUGAUGUUUCACGUGCCCUUCACGCACCGUUUUUGAGCUGUAACCAGAGGAAUCAGACUCUUGGGCCAGCUUUGUACAAGUUGGUCGGAGCUCACAAACUCGUCGGCACGAAUUCGCUAAGCUUCCUGCCGCCAUGAUUCUUGUCUCGACUCUAGAUUCUCGAGGGGAGAUAAGUUGAUGGGAGCUCAAGUGGCUUUCGCACUUUGUUGCAGUUGGAUCGUCCCUGUCUGCCCGGCAGUACCAUUCUGGAAUUUGAAACGAUAUACACUGCAGUAUUUUCCUUAUUGUGACAUGAGCGGAGUUGGUGCGAGUGCGAGUGCGCAUCACAUGAGUACAACUUCUCCACUGUCCUUUCCGAUGCUGUGAAAGUGUGAGUCUCAAGGAAAGCGAUAGGGUCAUAUCUCAAACUCUCCAUGCGGUUUGACGAAAUUCGAUUCAGUUGUUGUCAUGCAUUGCCUGCUCGAACCGACGGCUUCCUUUAUGCAGCAGAGCCUGCUCUUCCGGAUGUCUCGCAGUUGCUAGAGUCGAGAAUUCCUCAGAGCAUGGAUUGUCCUGCAGGAUAAUCAACCGGGAUGCACUUCUAUAUCUGAAAACCUCCCUAAGUGGAGGGUUGGAGUCAAAAUUCGAGCAGUGCUGCAUCUGUGCAGUAUGGAGCUGGUAGGAGCGUUUCUGAUAGAGUGGAUGACUCUGUCCACUCUCCUGAUCCCCGUCAUUCUCAUCAGCUUAAUCGUGUUUUCGACAUUUAGAAAGUUCAAUCCCGCCUGCGGUGGUACCACCAGAGAGCUACCCCCGCGGCCUUUCACAGCGUAUCCCAUCGUGGGAAGUCUUCUUCAGCUGAUGUUCGCUGACAAAGCUCCUCACAGGUUCGUCGAGGAUCUCUUGGUCAAGUAUGGUCCCAUCAUUUUGAUCAAAGUUGGACAUCGCAGGCAGGUCUUCGUCGGCAGCUCUGAACUAUCAAGGGAGUGUCUGGAAGCUCACGAUGCAAUUUUCGCUUCCAGGCCAAAGAGGGCUUCUAGUAGAUACCUCUCAUUCGGCAAUGAUGAUCUUGCAAAUGUAGCGUACGGAGAUCAAUGGCUAUUUUUGCGGAGAAUCUACACUGACGAACUGCUAUCUCCUAAGAAGGGCCCGCUGUUCGCGAAAAUUAGAUCCGAGGAGCUGUCCCUCUUCGUUCGGAGCAUAAUGAAGCAGCAGAGGGGCAAUAAUCCUAUCUAUGUCAAUCUGCGCAAAAGGAUCGUGGAAAUCACUCUGAACAUCAUCACCAUGAUGGUGAUGAGUGCCCGGAGCUUUCCUUAUGCUGACAUCAAUGUAACCAAUAAGGCUUUUGGAAGAGUCUACAGUGAACGGGAGAUCGAUGAAAUGCGCACACGAGGCCCAGACUGGAGAGAGUACAGCUCUCAAUUGACGACGCUCUUCACCACUCCUCUGAUGGAGGAUACCAUUCCUGUACUAGGAUUCGUAGACUCGCUGAGUGGCAAGAGACAUAAGAUGAAGAGAGCGAAGAGGCGUCUUGUGGAGCUGUACAAAGAGGUCAUCGAAAAUCACAAACAGAAGAGGGAGAAGCACCCGGCCACCGAGACCGACUUCAACUUUCUGGACACUUUGCUGGCCAUGCCCGGACCCAACGACGAGCCCAAUCUCUCGGAAGAUACAAUCAUGGGCCUCCUUCAAUCAACCGUCGCAACAGGUUCUCUGAGCACAUCGGCGACAAUAGAGUGGGCCUUGGCCCACUUGCUCAAAUACCCGCACUGCAUGAAGAGAUGCUACGAGGAAAUGGACACGGUUGUCGGGCGUCGGAGGUGCGUGGAGGAGGCCGACAUUCCAAACUUGCCGUAUCUCAGAGCUGUUGUCAAGGAGACUUUCAGAUUGACUCCUACGGGCCCCUUACUUCUUCCCCACUUCACCACAUCUGACUGCAAGAUCGGAGAGUAUGACAUCCCAGCCAAAACAGCGGUUUCCUUUCAUGUGUGGGCCAUAGGAAGAAACGCACUAACGACGCCGAAUCCUCUGACCUUCGAUCCGGAGAGGUUUCUCAACUCUCCUAUCGACAUCAGGGGUCAACACUUCGAGCUCUUCCCGUUCGGAGCUGGCAGAAGAUGUUGCCCGGCCAUCGAUCUCAGUAUGGCUAUCGUGCAAUUCACCCUCGCCCGCCUCAUACAGAGCUUCACUUGGUCUCUCAUCGGAGACAUGACACCGGAGAAGCUGGACAUGCGAGAAGUCUUUGGGAUGAUGAUCACAAGACUCAAGCCCCUCGAAGCCAAUGCCAUUCCGAGGCUAUCUCCUGACCUGUUUUGAAAACAUGCGCGCUCCGCAAAAGGAAGCAAAAUCAUCGUUGAAAUUGAAAUUGAACCCCAAAAGCAGAUUUACCAGCAGCGUUCGCUUCAAAUCAGCAUACCCCACGAGUAUGCGUACACUCUAGCAGCAUUAGCAGUAGUAGGAUAUGGACGAUGUCUUAGAGCAGAUGUCGAAGGUACUGGUCUUGGAACCAGAGGUGUUGGAGAAUGUCGUGGAAGGCGGUGAAGACCGUGAAUCAUUGUUCAGUACGAUGAGAAGAAAGGUCUUCAGUAAAGUGGAAGCAUAAAUCAAACAUCUGUGUAAAUUUUGACACCUUG